AUGUGCAUUAAUGCAUUGAACAUUUUAAAAUCAAAUAAAAUUGGAAGUCGAGUAAUUGAUUCAUAUAAGAUCACUAAAAAUCUUACUGAAGAACAAAGAUCAAUGGUAAUUAAUAUAAUUGCUCGUUACUUUGACGAAAACAUUCCAGAAGAAGGAGGACAAAUUAUAGCUCAAAGUCUUUUUCACGACAACCUCUCUGCAGAUGAACACGAGUCAGCAUGGUGUGCAUGCAGCAACUAUAGACUCCAACAAAUUUUCAAGCGCGGUAACCUUUGUGAGAUUUUUAAAAUUUGCCCCCAAUACAAAAACCCAAACGGAUUCAAAUUUAUUGAUAAAGACUUUGCUUUUAUUUAUGAAUCUCAUGAUUCCAUUCUAAGCUGGGGAAGUGAAAAAAUGAUGAAAUUGUAUAAUUUCGAAAAAAUCAAUAAUUUUUUUAUUUACUUAAAUGGUAGUUUAUUGCCAAUUUCUAAUUUUUUAAGAUCUUUAGAUUUGUACUUCAAAAUUUUUCAUUUGUUUAAUUUAGAAUAUCCCAAAGCUUGUGAAUCGGUUUGGUCCUUUAUCGAAAUUUAUUUUUAUGCUUUAAACUCAAGAUGUAAAAAAAACAAUCCAAAAGUUAGCAUUAUUUUAGAAGACUUGAAAGAAAAUGAUAAUUAGUAAUUGAAUUUAAUUUAUCAAAUCAAAUCAACUUUAUUUUAUUGUAUCAAAUUGAAAUGUUUUCUAUACAUUGAAUUUUUUUCUAUACAUUAAUUUUCAAAAUUUAAUUAAUUUAAACUUAUUUCAUCAAUAUGUGUAUUAUUGUACAA